AUGGAGGGUAUACUGGAGGUUGCAAUUAAAACAUCAUACGAAGACGAUGGGGAGAAGAUGCCGUUGAAGGGCAAGGUGGCCUUGUUCUCCUGCAAGAUGAUCGUCAACUACUUGUACUCCACGUGGCUCUUGUUGCUCCUCUAUGGCAUCUACCUCCGCCCAUACGCUGUCCGGCCAAACGUGGACGCCGCCGCCCUCGCGGCCUUUGACCUCGCCCCGGACAACAUGCUCCGCUACGACCUCGCCGCCAACAUCACCUUCUUCAACGACCACCGGGUCUGGGCCAUCCGCUUCAACCACUUCUCCGCGAGCCUCUACUUCAACGGCACCAAGCUCAGCCCGCCCGACGACACCUUCCCAAAGUUCAAGGGCAGACUGCGCCGGCACCGCACCGUGCACCCCGUGCUGCGCGGCCGCGCCAGCAACGUCAGCGCCGCCGUGGCGGAGGAGUUCUCCUGGCAGCGAGCGCAGGGGUGGUUCACCGUCGAACUCAGGCUCAGGGCCACGUUGACUUAUCUCGUAUGGCCCACACGGCACGUCUACUACUAUGAGUACGACUGCUGGCUACCUUUCCCAAGCAACACCACGCCGGCGGUGAUCGGCGGCGUCAAGUGCAGCAAGGGCAAACGGUUUGGGCUUUCCUGA